UACGCCUAUAAACUGCGACGGACUGCUCUUCUUCCUUCUUUUCAGUGCUCUGUCGCGUGCGAGCAAUACCGUCAAAAUGAGCAAGGUAUCCAGGGAUAUGCUCUAUGAGGUGGUCAAGGAGGUCCAGGCGGGAUCUCUGACCAAGCCACGCAAGUUCACGGAAUCUGUAGAACUCCAGAUCAGCUUGAAGAACUACGAUCCCCAGAAAGACAAGCGUUUCUCUGGCACCGUCAGACUGAAGACCACCCCCAGGCCCAAGUUCUCAGUGUGCAUCCUGGGAGACCAGCAGCAUUGUGACGAGGCAAAGGCUGCAGAGCUGCCACACAUGGACAUUGAGGCCCUCAAGAAGCUCAACAAGAACAAGAAAAUGGUGAAGAAGCUGGCAAAGAAGUACGAUGCCUUCCUGGCCUCUGAGUCUCUGAUCAAACAGAUCCCUCGUAUCCUGGGGCCUGGGCUCAACAAGGCUGGCAAGUUCCCCUCCCUCCUCACCCACAACGAGAAUCUCAACGUCAAGGUUGAUGAGGUUAAGUCCACCAUCAAGUUCCAGAUGAAGAAGGUGCUGUGUCUGGCGGUGGCAGUGGGUCACGUGAAGAUGUCUGAGGAAGAGCUGGUGUACAACAUCCACCUGGCGGUUAACUUCCUGGUGUCUCUACUGAAGAAGAACUGGCAGAACGUCCGUGCCCUCUACGUCAAGAGCACCAUGGGAAAGCCCCAGCGCCUCUACUAGAGGAGCAAUGCUUUAACUACCAAUAAAAGGACAAAUCACAUAUC